CCUGCGCGGGGUUGGGCGGAGCCUGCGCGGGGCCGGCAGGAUCGCGUCGAGAGCCGGUACCGAGGCCCGAGCCGCGGGAGCCGAGCGAAGGCAGCGCCGAGGCCGCGGUUCCCCCUCUGGGCCUCCCCCGCAGCAGCCAUGGGCAUCAAAUUUUUAGAAGUUAUCAAACCAUUCUGUGCAGUUCUACCAGAAAUUCAGAAACCGGAAAGGAAAAUCCAGUUUAGAGAGAAGGUUCUAUGGACUGCUAUAACGCUCUUCAUUUUCUUAGUAUGUUGUCAGAUCCCACUGUUUGGAAUCAUGUCAUCAGAUUCUGCAGAUCCUUUCUACUGGAUGAGAGUUAUUCUGGCUUCCAAUAGAGGAACUUUAAUGGAAUUGGGUAUCUCCCCAAUUGUAACAUCUGGUUUGAUUAUGCAGUUGUUAGCUGGAGCCAAAAUCAUUGAAGUUGGAGAUACACCGAAAGAUAGAGCUUUAUUCAAUGGAGCCCAGAAACUGUUUGGUAUGAUCAUUACCAUUGGGCAAGCCAUUGUGUAUGUCAUGACGGGGAUGUACGGGGAUCCUGCGGAAAUGGGUGCCGGGAUCUGUCUCCUGAUCAUCAUUCAGUUGUUUGUUGCUGGUUUGAUUGUGCUGCUGUUAGAUGAGCUGCUACAGAAGGGUUACGGCUUGGGGUCUGGGAUUUCCCUCUUUAUUGCCACCAACAUCUGUGAGACCAUUGUCUGGAAGGCCUUUAGUCCCACUACCAUUAACACUGGCAGAGGUACUGAGUUUGAGGGUGCAGUCAUAGCUCUGUUCCAUUUGUUGGCCACCAGGACGGACAAAGUCCGAGCUUUACGGGAGGCGUUUUAUCGGCAGAACUUACCCAAUCUCAUGAACCUCAUUGCUACAGUUUUUGUGUUUGCUGUUGUUAUAUAUUUCCAAGGAUUUCGCGUUGAUCUGCCCAUUAAGUCAGCCCGCUACCGAGGACAGUACAGCAGCUACCCCAUCAAACUCUUCUACACCUCCAACAUCCCCAUCAUCCUCCAGUCGGCCUUGGUGUCAAACCUGUAUGUUAUUUCCCAGAUGCUGUCUGUUCGAUUUAGUGGCAACUUUUUAGUAAAUUUACUAGGACAGUGGGCCGAUGUCAGUGGGGGAGGACCCGCACGUUCUUACCCCGUUGGAGGCCUUUGUUACUAUCUUUCUCCUCCGGAGUCCAUGGGCGCCAUCUUUGAGGAUCCUGUCCAUGUCGUUGUUUAUAUCAUCUUCAUGUUGGGAUCAUGUGCAUUCUUCUCUAAGACAUGGAUUGAAGUGUCUGGUUCCUCAGCCAAAGAUGUAGCUAAACAGCUGAAAGAACAGCAGAUGGUGAUGAGGGGUCACCGAGAUACCUCUAUGGUUCAUGAGCUUAACAGGGUCAAGGAUGUAAGGUUUCUGACUACAUCAACCUUCCACAGAACCACUUUCCAGCGUGUGGCAGCCCUACCGCUGGUGAGGCCACAGCCAUCCCUGUGCUCCUGGGUCAACUUCGAGCAAGAAAUCAACUUCUGAAAAUUAACAACGAAAACUCUUGCCACCCUACCCCUCACCUUCUGGGUGCCCCCGAAACAGAAAGCCUGCUAAGCAUGUGAGCUGCCGCUUUCUCAGAAAACUUUAGUUUGGAUCCUCUGUCUCUGGGCAAGGAGCACAGCCAGUGGCGGAUUAAUAAGCAGGUAAUGCAGAUGAAGCCACAGGCAAAGACUCAUCCCGUCUCUAGGAACAGAAGCUACCGUGGACAACAUGAACUAUUGAGAUUUUCAUAUCAUUUUGAUUUUUAAAAUAUGUGACCUAAAACACACAAUUUAAGAAGGUCGAACCUUCCCAUUUAUUAAUGGAAGAAUUGUUAAAUAGAGGCAAGUGCCCUACUUUGCAUGUGUGAGAUCUUAUCUAGAAAAAGUGGGCUGAGUAACAGUACAGUCCUGCUCUCUUGUAUGGCUUUGUUCCUGGUUAGCUAUUGGUUUCUGACUGUUACCCAACUCAGCUUUUGGGUAACAUCUGUGCUAUUUUACUUUCUGGCCUUGGAACAUGGGGCACAGUUGUACAGGAAACCCAGUUACUGACACAAUUAUGCAGUUUAAAUGGACGAGGCAUAAAAGGAACAUUCCCCCUUCACUCUCUUCUCCCUACAACAGAAAAAAGCAGUGGUAAGAGACCAGAGUGGAGAAGCAAACAAUUUUAGGAUCUCUUUUAAAGGAAGUGAGACAUGUGGGUGGCUCUGGGGCUUGGGAUAAAAAGGAGUUACCACCUGCAUCUCAACAGUAAGAGCUGCAAGAUAUCCUCCUCGGAAGAACUCUCCUGCUCAUGCUUCCUAUCUGGCUGUCCUUAAAAUUUGGACCUUGUCAUAUUUUCAUUAAAACUGUUCAAAUAUUUAAUUUGCUUUUUAAAAAAACAAAACAAAAAGACUGUCUGGCAAUCGUAGGUCUUUCAGCAUUGUACCCAAAUUCUGAAGGCCAAAUAUGCCAAAAUAAACACAGGAAAAUCAAACAGACUUCUAUGACAACUCACAGCAGCUCAACAUUCCUGUUAGUAGCAAGGAGCUGACCAACAAGCAAUGCUGGUAAGUAAAUCAUACAGAUUGCAAGAGAUGAAACACCUUUUGGCAUAGCUCUCUCUGCUGCUUCCUAAGGUUAGUCCUAAAGACUGAAGAAGACAGUGCUGGGAAAAGCACUGAAGGUCCCAUCCCAAACACUAGGAAUAAGGGAAACAAAAAGAGGAGCAUCAUUAUCGUGGUUAAGGUGAAGGAAAUAAGCAGUCAUGAGCCAUAAAUCACCAGCAAUAAAAUGGAAACGAAUUGAUAAGAAAUCUUGGAAUAAGAUUGCCCAGUGAGAGCUCCAGCAACUUCAAAGGGCCUGUGAGAUGCACACAUGACUGGAAGUCAGCUCUUAGUCUCUACUUGCCUACCAGCUAAGCCUAGAGCUCCAACUUCCCGGAGACUCUCCUCUCCUUUGUAAAAAGCAGGAAUGAGUAUGUUAUCUCCAAAACCUCUUCUGGCUUUAGGAUUCUGCUUCCAGUGAGAUCAUCCUAUUCCUAGUCUCCUUUGUUAUGGGAAAGCCUGUUGGCCUUCCUCCCUCUAGUUCACCAACACAAGAGGCAGGAGGGUCACAGAGGGUGACUUCGGCACUGUCUUGAAUGUCAGUAAAGACACAACACUACUGAAUAUUUUUAUAUUUCUAAAAUUAACCCCACAUCCCCGUUCAUGAAUGAGACGGUGGAACACAGGAUUCUCUAGCUGCUAUUUUAUCUCUUAGACUGGGCCCUCCAUAUCCAUGGGUUCCGCAUUCGUGCAUUCAACCAACCACCCAUUGAAAAUACUUAGGGAAAAAAUUGCAUCUAUACUGAACAUGUCCACACUUUUUCUUGCCAUUAUUCCCUAAACAAUAGAGUACAACUGUUGACACAGCAUUUGCAUUGUAUUAGGUGCUGUGAUAACUCUAGAGAUGAAGUGUGUGGGAGGAUGUGCGUAGGUUAGAGGCAAAUACAUAUUGAAUAUAUGCAUUUUCGUAUCAGGGAGUUCAGCAUCUGUGGAUUUUGGUAUCUGCAGGAGGUCCUGGAACCAACCCCGACAGACAUCAAGUGACAGCUGUACAGGUUGAGUAUUCCUUACCCGAAACGAGAGGCCGGAAGUGUUUCAGUUUGGUUUUUCAGAUUUUGAAAUAUUUGCCUUACCCUCUGGGUCUCAGGCCUUUUUGACAUUUUGAACAGUAUCUUUACCCCACAGAGCAGGAAAUAAGCCAAAGAACCCCACAAUGAGUCAUGCACAUAGGUCUCAGCCCUGUGUUGUGGGGAACUGCUGCUGGGCAUCCGGCCUGCACACAUGCCAUUUCAUGACCCUCUGUGGGAGUGCUUGUGGAGGGAAGUCGCCGUGUGCGUGCAAAGGAUAUAUCCGGCCGGGUGUGGUGGCUCACACUUGAAACCCCAGCACUUUGGGAGGCCAAGGUAGGAGGACUGCUUGAGUUCAGGGGUUCGAGACCAGCCUGGGCAACAUAGUGAGACUCUUGUCUCUACUAAAAAAAUAAAAAUUUAAAAAAAAAGGAUAUGGCCGGAUGUGGUGGCUCAUGACUGUAGUCCUAGCACUUUGGGAGGCCAAGGUGGGUGGAUCACCUGAGGUCAGGAGUUUGAGACCAUCCUGGCCAACAACCCUGCCUCUACUAAAAAUACAAAAAUUAGCCAGGCAUGGUGGCAUGCACCUCUAGUCCCAGCUACUCGAGUGGCUGAGACAGAAUUGCUUGAACCAGGGAGGUAGAGGUUGCAGUGAGCUGAGAUCACACCAUUGCACUCUAGCCUGGGCAACAGAACAAGACUCUGUCUCAGGGAAAAAAAAAAAAAAGAAGGAUAUAGCUGAGCUGAAGGGGAGGAUCCCUUUUCCCCUGGAGGACACUGAAUGCCUGUGUCGUAUGCCUGUGUUUUGACUGCAGCCCGUCACACGGAGUCAGGUGUGGAAAUCUCCAGCUGGAGCAUCAUGUUGGCAAUGAAAAGGUUUUGGAUUUUGCAGCAUUUUGAAUUUCAGAUUUUCAGAUUAGGGCUGCUCAACCUGUACACACAGGCUUUUAUAUCAGGUCAGAGAUAACACAUCCUAUAACUUACACAUCGUGGCAUACUGGAAAGUACAAAGACUCAUUCUUCAAAGGGUGACAUUCUGGUAUGAAACAUUAGUGCUUUACAUAAGUCCUCUUCAGAGGCCAGGAAAAAAACCCUAUGUAUGGAAGAAUGGACAUGACUGUGCUAUAAAUAUGGUAGUCUGGUGGAUUUUAGAGCCUACUCCCAAUCUACUGAAACAGAUAUUCUGAAGUGAGAUUUCGUCCUAUUUUCAGAAAAGUCCCCAUAUGAUUCUGAUGUACAUCCCUGAUUAGGAAAUGCAGGAAGGGCAGAGAAGACCAGUCAGGUGAAGAGAUGAGCUGGUGUGAACACAUUUUUUUAUUUUAUUUUUAUUUUUUGAGACGGAGUCUCGCUCUGUCGCCCAGGCUGGAGUACAGUGGUGUGGUCUCAGCUCACUGCAACCACCACCUCCCGGGCUCAAGCAAUUCUCCUGUCUCAGCCUCCCAGGUAGCUGGGAUUACAGGUGCCUGC